UAGAAAAUAAACAAUUAUGGCGGACAUUGAAGCUGAACGUCCUGUGUAUCUUGCAAUAAGCAAUAUUCCUGUAGUCUUCCGUUCAGCAGACCUGAGAAAUUACUUCAGUCAGUUCAUAGAAAGCGGUGGUUUUCAGUGUUUUCACUACCGACAUCGACCGGAAGUUCUCACAGAAUACGAGAGGUCCGCAACCGUAGUAUGCGGAGACGGUGACGAGGGCACCUCGGAACCCAACGAGGCAACAAACAGCAGCUCUAUGUCAAAGCAGGCGGUGAAAUCGUGCUGUUGUAUCGUAAAAGUUCACGCUAAGUACGCUGACAAGUUCAUUAGGAUGUAUACAGGGAAUCACUGGAUCGAUUCGAAGGGAAACUGGUUGGCCAGACGCUGCGUAGUCAGAAGAAUAAAGGUUUCAAACGACGAAGAUGAAGGGACCUUCCCCUAUAAAACUAAAUAUGAGCAGCGGCACCAUGUUUCUUUAACAGAGCGUUUCACAGAAGCCGAUCUUAAAAACUUACCUGAGCUGAAUCCACCCAUUCUUAUGCAGAAUGGAAAUGUAGGCACUCCGGUGAAAGUGUUUCUCCAGCUCAUCCAAUCUUGCCGCCUGCCUCCACGCCUCAUUCGGAAGUUGGGCCUCACUUUUCCAAAGACCAGCUCAAACCGUCGUUACGGAAAUGUUCCCUUCCAGUACCAUGACACAUGUACCCUUCCAGCCACAGAAGAGACUGUAUUAACAGCCACUGGGCAUGAAAUAGCGGGGCCAGGUACUUGCACUGCACCAUCCUCAAUGUCAAGACGACUGUCUGAUCACACAGAAACAACAGAGACUGAUGAGAAACAGAAUGAAGGGAAAGAUGAUGAUGUACAGUCAAAUGCUGAUGAUGAUGAUGACUUCUGUGAAGAGUGGGAACGCCACGAAGCUUUGCAUGAUGAUGUAACGAGCCAGGAGAGAAGCAAGGAGAGACUGUAUGAAGAAGAGAUUGAGUUGAAGUGGGAAAAGGGGGGUUCAGGUCUGGUUUUCUAUACUGAUGCUCAAUACUGGCAGGAAGAAGAAGGAGAUUUUGAUGAGCAAACAGCAGACGACUGGGAUGUUGACAUGAGUGUUUACUAUGAUAAAGAUGGAGGUGACAUGGAUGCUCGGGACUAUGUCAAAAUGCGGUAUGAAAAGAGGUUGAGGGAAGGUGUAGAAGAUGGAUCGGUACACAAUCAGUCUAUUGGCAGCUUUGAGAGAUUCACUAAAGGUGUUGGCCGACGUGUGAUGGAAAAGCAGGGCUGGAGAGAUGGUGAAGGACUGGGAAAUAGCCAGAUUGGAAUUCCUGAAGCUCUUGAGAAUGAGGGUCAACAUCCGAACUGCAAAAGAGGCUUUGGGUAUCAUGGAGAAAAACUGACAUUACAUCCAGUGAAAAAGGCCAGAACAGAUCAUCUCAUAUCUACAGUGUAUGAUAAACCCAAAGACAUAGAUGGAGGUGACGCAUUACUGAGACGCCAACCAAACACCAGUAUGAAGUACAGAGGGUGGCAACCAGGUGGCAGCAUUGGACCACAUAGAUGAUUUUGAUUAAAUCUUUAUAAAUAAAACACCAAGCUUUGUACUAUUUGAGUUUGACUUUUAUACUAAAACAUUUUUGUCCCAUGUUGUCUCUCUCUGGGCAUUUCUUUCUGG